AUGAGAUUACCAUCUACUAUUUUAAUCAUUUCCUGUUGGUUGGCAACUUUCACGUUAGGUCAUAAUGUUCUACUACCAGCAUAUGGUCGUCGCUGUUUUUUCGAAAACUUAAACAAAGGUGAUGAAUUUUCUGUUUCUUUCCAAUUCGGUGAUAGAGAUCCACAAUCUAGUACUCAAUUGAAUGGGGAUUUUGUCAUUUUUGCUCCUGGAAGAAGUGCAGCAUUGAAGAGUAUCGUCGACCAAUCUCAUGGUGAAGUUACUAUUUCUGCUCCAAGUGGUGGGAAAUUUGAAUACUGUUUCAUUAAUGAAAAUUCAGGUGUUCAAACCAAGGAUGUUACAUUCAAUAUUCAUGGGACUGUUUAUGUCGAUUUAGAUGAUCCAAAUAAUGAAACUUUGGAUGGAUCGGUAAGAAAAUUAUCUAAGUUAAUCAAGGAAGUCCAAGAUGAACAAAGUUAUAUCGUCAUUAGAGAAAGAACUCAUAGAAAUACUGCUGAAUCCACAAACGAUCGUGUGAAAUGGUGGUCUCUUUUCCAAGUAGCUGUUGUCGUUGCUAAUUCUUUGUUCCAAAUUUAUUAUUUGAAAAGAUUCUUCGAAGUUACUUCAUAUGUUUAG